AUGGAUAAUAACAAAGAAAGAUUCAUACAAUUCAUUGAAAGAGAUAAAUUUGAUAAAAAUCAAAAGCAUUAUAACAUUUUAUAUCCAAAUACUUAUUCAGGAUAUUCAUUACUUGAAUUAUGUUGUUACCAUGGAUCAGUUGAUUGUUUCAAGUUAUUAAGAACGAAAUUUAACUCAGACAUAACUCAAACAUAUUUACGAUUUUCAUUUUUAGGAAGAAAUCAAGAGAUUAUGAGUGAAUGUUUGAAAUAUCAAACUACAAAUAAAGAAUGCAUGAAGUAUGCAAUUAUUUCACACAAUAUUGAUUUUGUUACAUUUUUGAUGAAUGAAUAUAAAAAUUGA